UGGCAGGAGCCGCCUGGUGCAUGCGUGCGUGUGUGAUUGUUGGUUCUGUCUAUCGAUCCAGCUCUCUGCGUGUGUUUUCUGAUAUAUAUUUUGCUGGCGUUUUAUUUUAUUUUAAUGACUUUUUUAUUUUAUUUUGUAAAUCCUUGCCUGACUUUGAUUGCAGCUUGGACUUAAGUGCCGCUCAGCUGCUGCUUGGAGGAGAAAGAGCGAGCGAGGAAGCUGUCUCCUUUCCCUCCGCUCUGCCUUCGGAUUGGUCUCUCUCCUAAAGUGCUGUCCAAGGGUUGGCUGCAGGGCUGCUGAAUAACAGGUGCAUUUUGCUGCUCCGUCGCCUCUCAAAGAAGCAGCCGAGGAAUGCUGGUGUAUCUGAUCUGAGGAUAAGAAGGAGCAAAGCGGAGAAGAAGGGGAUCCUAACCCGACCCAGAAAGAGGAGAGCUGCCACUGUGUAGGAAUGUGGCUCAUCGUUGCUGGAUUCGGAUGCUUGACAUAAAAAAACCUGGACGCUGAUUCUUGUGACUUAUUGAAAACAAAGGGGGAUCUGAAGAAGAAGAAGAAAGGAAGUGGGAAAUAAAAGCGAGCAGGAUGCUCCGACUGCUGCUGCUCAAGGCUGGAGCGAGCCUGGUGAUUUAGCUGAUGCAGCAGCUGCCGGAGGAGGUUGCAUUAGGAGCCGUGGGGGGUUUCUGGGGCUGGAGACAUGUCCCCUGACUGACUGACUGACUGACAGACAGACUGGGAGACCGAUCGCUUUCCCUUCCCUCUUUCUCGCACCUGCCCGUCCGCAUGCUGCUUUUCCCAGCAGCAGCUUCUCCCUGAUGUCUUGUCUUUCCCUCCGGGGGUGUGAAAGGCCCCUAGGAUGAGUGAAGGGGCUGCCUGCGCCUCCCCACCUGGUGCUGCUGCUGCUGCUGAGGAGGGGGCGGCGGCGGCGGCGGCUGGGGGCCCGGACAGGGAUGGGGCUCCCGACCCCCCCAGGGAGCUGCGAUGUAGUGACUGCAUCGUCUGGAACCGGCAGCAGACGUGGCUGUGUGUGGUGCCUCUUUUCAUCGGCUUCAUCGGCUUGGGGCUCAGCCUCAUGCUGCUCAAGUGGAUCGUGGUGGGCUCCGUCAAGGAUUAUGUCCCCACCGAACUGAUGGAUUCCAAAGGGAUUGGGCAGGACCCCUUCUUCCUCUCCAAGCCAACCACCCCGCCGAAGAGCAUGGAGACCACCACCACCACCACGUCAAGGACACCCAACCGGAUAAGCACCCGCUUAACCACCAUGACUCGGGCACCCACCCGCUUCCCGGGGACCCGGGUCCCCAUCCGGGCGAGCCCCAGAUCUACCACUGUGCGUCAUACAGCUGCCCCCACUACCAGUCUUUCCACUACGGUCCCCUUCAGCACCACCAUCCUGACCUCCCGUCCGCUACCCGGGACCCCCAGUACCCAGCCAAUGCCCAUCUGGCCCACUGCGGCAUACGCUACCUCCUCGUAUAAGAUCUAUGUCCACGACUCUGCUCCAUCCUGGACCUUAUCUCCCUUCCAGGAGUCCACCACCACCACACCAGAAACUAGCACUAGCCCCAAAUUCCAUACCACAACGUAUUCCACUGAGCGAUCUGAGCACUUUAAGCCAUGCAAAGACAAGGAUCUUGCAUACUGUCUCAAUGAUGGGGAAUGCUUUGUGAUUGAAACCUUAACUGGAUCACACAAACACUGCCGGUGCAAAGAGGGCUACCAAGGAGUCCGCUGUGACCAAUUUUUGCCGAAAACCGACUCAAUCUUGUCAGAUCCAAGUGUCGAAAAGGCUAUUUGGAUGACUGCUGCCAGAGAUACCUGUUGCUCUGCAGUAUUGUAUGUCUGAUGGCUCACAUUAUAGAUUGCUUUGUGUUUAUCUAGCUUUUCUUUUAGCCUGCCCUUUAAUUGUAGUCAUAUAGUCUACAAUGAAGAGACUGAUUCUGGCCCACUAAGUUGUGUGCAUUAGGGUCACCAGCUGUCAGACAGGCAGCUUCAAUGGAUUUUAAAAGCAAGGAGAAGAAAAAUCAAUCAGUAACAUUAAGAUGAUGUAAUGCUUAUUGGACUUGGUUCUAUCAGGAGAUGGUAGUCUAGUAUUUCUGGGCUAGAGGUGAGAUAUUGCAAUGAAAUCCAGUCAAGGCCUGAUUCAAAGCCCAAUGAAGUAAAGGGAAAGACUCUCAUAAAGGUGCAGUUAGGCCAAAAAACAUACAGAAUUUAUAUUUUGAAUGUAUCCAAUGUUUCCUCAAUCUUCAAGCAUAUUCUCCUGUUGUUUUUUGAUAUUGUGUUGAUUGUUCAUCCUUAUUUCCAUUAACAUGGGAGACGCUGUUAUUCCAGUUGGCUUACGUUGGUCCUGACUACAAAUAAUUAUGCAGCCAGCAGAGCCUGUCCUGUGUUUUAAAUCUCUGCUGAAAUCUUCU